GAUGAGAGGAGGACACGGAGGGAACCGCGGGGAAAACAUUCAGUAAGGACAGAUACCAGAAUGAUGUCUUUGAUAAGUGGACUCUUCCUGAAGAGGAUUUUUGUGAACAAUCUUUUCUUCUUCUCCGUCUCGAUCAUCUGUCUGCAUCCCGGCCACUCGGACAGGGGUGGAGCUCAGUCUGUGAUUGCCUUGCUGGGCGAAGACGUCAUUCUACCGUUUACACUGAAUCCUCCAGAAGAUGCCCGUAAACUAACGGUGGAAUGGUCCAGAGACGACCUCCAACCAAAGUAUGUUCAUAUUAGCCAGGAUGGACGGGACCAGUACCUUCAGAAGAAUCCUUGGUUUAAAGAGAGGACAGUCCUGCCAGUAGAGAGACUGGAACGUGGGGACGUCUCUCUGAAACUGUUACAGGUUAAGCUCCAUGACGAGGGAGCCUACCGCUGUACUAUCCACCAUAUGGAAAACGGGAAGGCAGUCAUCCAGCUCAUUUUAGGUUCAGUGUCCUACCCUGUCAUCAGUCUACUGGGGUUUAACAGCAGUGGACUGGUAUUAGGGUGUGAGGCUAAAGGAUGGUACCCAGGGCCGGAGAUGUUUUGGCAGGACAGUGAGGGAAAAUCCCUCUCUCAUCAAUCCCCAGAACCAGUCCGAGGUCCUGAUAGACUCUAUACCAUCAGCAGCACAGUAACCGUGGGGGGGACGGAAAACAACACGUUCACCUGCGUAGUUCGACAACGGACCAUCAACGAAACCAGAGAGACACCCAUUCAUGUUCCUGCGGACUUCUUUCCUUCACAAUGUCGCCGGCAGUUCAACGAAAAGUUCUGUCUUAUAGGAAUUGGUCUACUAGUAUUCUCACUACUGGUACUUUCUGUUCCACAUUGCAAAAAGGGCCUUGGCUGGGUAACGGAGUAUUUCCCCAAGAAAAAACGUAAAGACUCCCAAAAAAAGCGUCAGAAGAGUAACAGAGACCAGUUGGAGAUGAAGAAGACUGGUGAUGGUACAGACACAGACGUACAAGCUAUCCAUCGCGAAUGACAGAGUCCAUCAGUCACACCACGGCCCGUCUGGAAGAAAACCGAGUUCUGAUGUCUGGUGGGCUGUCUGGACUAGUUUGGUGUGUGCUGAAGUCCACAUAGAGAGGUAUUGAGAUAUAGUAUUUGAGUGGUUAGGCCAGUGCCUCUGCAGUCACAUGUUUAUCCCCACUGGUGCGGAAUCAGAUCUCCCUACUGGUGCGGAAUCAGAUCACC